ACUGUCUUUUCUCUAAUCAAACACUUCCUGUUGCUUAUCUUUUUUUUAAGACAUGAAGAAAACAGUUUUGCACUUCCACCCGUUUUGCACUAUUCUUUCUUACAGCUCCCUGCAAAGAUGUGUGACCAGACCUUUGCAGUUAAUAUUUUUGGCCCGUGUGACAAUUGCUCCAAAGAAAGAGUUCUCCAGCAAGUAUACCGCAAAUCGGAGAAACGCAGCUGCUGCUCGCUGUGCGUGAAACUGAUGGCAACCGAGGGGCUGCAGGAGAAGGAGAGCCUGGCCGUGCUGAAGAACGAGGCGGAGAGCCUCAAGGGCAAGCUGGAGGAGGAGCGGGCCAAGCUGCACGACGUGGAACUGCAUCAGGUGGCUGAGCGUGUGGAGGCUUUGGGACAGUUUGUGAUGAAGACACGAAGGACAUUGAAAGGCCAUGGUAAUAAAGUCCUCUGUAUGGACUGGUGCAAAGACAAAAGAAGAGUUGUCAGCUCUUCCCAGGAUGGGAAGGUGAUAGUUUGGGAUGCCUUCACCACCAAUAAGGAGCACGCGGUGACGAUGCCCUGCACAUGGGUAAUGGCAUGUGCCUAUGCUCCUUCCGGAUGUGCCAUUGCUUGUGGCGGACUGGAUAACAAAUGUUCUGUAUACCCCUUGACCUUUGAAAAAAACGAGAAUAUGGCCGCUAAGAAGAAAUCAGUCGCCAUGCAUACUAACUACUUGUCAGCUUGCAGCUUCACUAAUUCUGAUAUGCAGAUCUUGACUGCAAGUGGCGACGGCACCUGUGCCCUCUGGGACGUUGAGAGCGGGCAGCUCCUGCAGAGUUUUCAUGGCCACGGGGCAGACGUCUUGUGCCUGGAUCUUGCUCCAUCAGAAACAGGGAACACCUUUGUGUCGGGGGGGUGUGAUAAAAAAGCAAUGAUCUGGGACAUGCGGACUGGGCAGUGCAUUCAAUCCUUCGAAACCCACGAAUCAGAUAUUAAUGGUGUCAGGUACUACCCAAGUGGAGAUGCCUUUGCCUCUGGCUCAGAUGAUGCCACAUGCCGUUUAUAUGACCUCCGAGCAGACAGAGAGGUAGCCAUCUAUUCCAAAGAAAGCAUCAUCUUUGGGGCGUCCAGUGUGGAUUUUUCUCUUAGCGGGCGUUUAUUAUUUGCGGGCUACAACGACUACACCAUAAACGUUUGGGAUGUUCUGAAAGGGUCUCGGGUUGCUAUUUUGUUUGGGCACGAGAACCGUGUUAGCACUUUGAGGGUCUCGCCUGACGGGACUGCGUUUUGUUCUGGAUCGUGGGAUCACACUCUAAGGAUUUGGGCUUAAACGGCAGGGCUGUUUCCAAACACGUGUCCACAUAGGCAUCAUAGGAUCACACCCCCCAUGGAACACCAGUUCACAGGGG